UGAUGUGCGGGGAGGAAUUGGGAGCUUGAUAAAAAUUCAGUUGCUGCCUAACACUGUGAACGACAACAUCUUUUCACAGCAGCCAUCAGUCAUGAUGACUUCCGAAAUCCUGAAUUGCCAGCUCGGAGAAUACAUGAUGGCCCACAGCGAUUCUAUGCAAAGAGACGGCUGUUUUACGCUUUUUGGAGAGAGAAGUGAAGUACAACCGGCCUCUGAUCGUUUUCCGCAAGUCGCUCCUGACGACAGAAUGGUCGACCGCUCACCCUGGUUCGACAGUUUAAACUCGGCCAAAGACGAUCAUAGGACCGGCAUGAAUCUGGCAAUGCCUGGCGCCAGUGAAUUGAAGGUGGAAAUCAACGAGGAGAUGAUCUUGAAUUUCCUCAGGGACAACACCCCGCCAAACUCUGAGUUUGCGUGGGACGGCACAGAAAUCACCAGGUCAUCUCAGGUUUCUCCCAGAUCUCCUCGUCCAGUCUCAGAGCUAUGGAACCUGCAAAGUCACUUGAAAAUGUCUACUUGGGUGACAGAUUCCAUCCUGCAGACUGCUUGCUUUACACCAUCGUCGCUGACACCACCAAUGACGCCGACGACACCUCUUUAUCUUGCAUCGCCCAACGAUGGCCAGUUGGAAGAACCCCGCAAGCCAGUGCCAUCCAUGCUUGAUUACGCAGCAAAAAUGCGCCAAAAGCUGGGAAACUCCAGUCCAAAGGUGUCUCCAUCGCCGACCACUGCGUCCCUUGUGUCAGGCCUGGACAAUCUUCGCCUGAUACACGCUUCUCCGACUUCUGAGCCGGCCGUUUGUGAAGAACUCCGCAAGUGGAUUAAUUGCGACAUUUGCUUCAAGAGUUUCUCCUCAAAGGAUCUCAUGCUGAGCCACCAGAGCUCCGAGCACCAGAGCUUUCACCAGCUGCACCGCUGCAAGAGUUGCCCGUUCGUUUGCAAGAGAAGGUCAGCCAUGAAGCUGCAUCUGGCCAGAGUGCAUUCGACUGAGAUGCUGCAGUGCCCACAGUGCCCUGAAAAGUUUUCCCUGCAAUGGAGCCUUGACGAUCACAUGCGAAAAUGCCACGUAUUCUACAUGUGCAACGGUUGCAAACGUCCAAUUGGCGAUAUUGGCGACGCCAAUUCAUUUGUGCUCCACAACCUGAGCCGCAAAUGCCUCAAGUGCGAUGCUGAGUUCACUUGCGUGUGGCUCUUUGUGCAGCACUCCCUGCAGCACUCGCUGUCGGGCUGGUGUCCGCUGUGUCCGGCUUUCCUGGAGGAUCCUCUCUCGUUGGAAGAGCACGUCGAGGCCCAUGCUGGUCCUUUCAAGCAGGUCCACUCAUUCUAGUGAACGCAUGCACAAAAUAUGCGUUCCACGUGUCAGUCGGCAGGUGUUCCACCAGCCGGCCGACUCGCUGCGUUUGGCUCUGGACAACUCAUUUUAAUUGUGUGUCCUGUAAAAAUGGUCGCAUCAGUACAAUGCACUUGAAAUCCUCUUUAAUUUUUCGUUUCAGAUGGAAAUUUAAUUGAGUCCUGAAAUUAAUCUUGUUAAAUGAUUUUUGAAAAUUUCAGUGGCUUCUGGGAUGUUUCAAGCUGCAUAAUUUGAACCAGUAAGAUA